AUGGCUCCUCAGCCACUGCCAUUCCCCGGGUUCAGUCCGAUAACUGACCGGGUUUAUCUUCGCAAUGGCCAGGAGAAGGCCGGGCGCGCCCCAGCAGAUGAGCCAACGACUAUCAUCAUUUUUGGAUGGGGCGACGGCAUGCCAAAACACGUCUCUAAAUAUGCCGAUGGUUACCAUGAGCUCUAUCCAUGCGCCAGAAUCAUCGUUGUCCUAUCGGGGACAUUCCAGGCAUCAAACCAACCCCUUGAAGCUAGGAUUGAAGCCAUGAUGCCGGUCAUUGACUUGGUGUUCCCAACCCCAACGGGCGACGGCACUGAGGAGGAGCGCGUCCUAUUGCAUGCCAUGUCAAAUACUGGUGGUAUCUUCAUGGCUGCAUCUGUCGUCGCAUAUCAGCAGCGACACGGCGCUGACAAGAAAUUUCCUCACAAGCUUCUCGUCUGCGACUCCACACCGGGCAGUUUGGAUUUUGCGUCCCAAGUUGGUCGAUGGUCGCGAGCAAUGGCGGUUGGAACGUCUAAAUACUUCCCCUGGCCGUUUUGCGUCACCCAGGGCCUAUGGUAUUCCUUUCUCUGGGCGAAUUGGGGAUGGGAACAACUGCGCGGCUCCGAGCCGUCGGGUGUUUGGGCCACGAGGGUCAUGAUGGAUCACUCAAUCGCUACAACCGAUUGCACGAGGGUCUACCUUUACUCCAAGGAAGAUGAGAUCAUUGGGUGGGAGGAUUUAGAGCAGAAUGUUGCUCGGGUCAAAGCGGGGGGCUACUCGGUCGAUCUGGAGAUGUUCGAGGGCUCGCCGCAUGUCGGACACAUGAGACUGCACCCUGAAAAAUAUUGGAAAAAGAUAUCGGAUAGCUGGAAAGCUGCGAAUGAUAUAUAG